CCUCUUUGGACCCACCAUAUAAACCCCCAAACUGCUCUCUGCUGCGCCCAGUUCCUCCCACACGCCUCGGACAGGACCUGGAAUUUCUCCUCGUACAGAACUCUCACUUUUCAUCAUCUCUGGCAGAAAUUAGCUCUGUGGAAACAUGAGAGCGGUUUUGGCUUUGGUUUGUGUGAGCGCCCUGACUGCGUGGAGCCAUACUGCAGAUGCCAAGGAGUUAUCCAUCACCACUAUAAAGGAUGACCCAUACGCCAUGAGCAGAGGCUCCCAGUUGGAGGGCUUCUGCAUUGACCUGAUCUCAGAGCUGUCCAAGAAGCUGGGCUUCAAGUACAACGUCCGCCCAGUGAAGGACGGCAGGUAUGGAGCCAUGGACUCAUCUGGGAACUGGAACGGCAUGAUUGGAGAAAUAAUCAGAGGGGAGGCUGAUCUGGCCGUGGCCCCGCUGACCGUCACUGCCGUCAGAGAGCAUUUCGUGGACAUGACCACGCCCUUCAUCCAAACUGGACUCAGCUUCAUCAUGCGUAAAAGCGCUGACUCUGAGGACCACUCCUUCAGCCUGCUGUCCCCGUUCUCCACAGAGAUGUGGGUCGGUGUUCUCAUUGCUUUCCUGCUAACAGGACUCUGUGUGUUCUUGGUGGGCAGAAUCAGCCCCAUGGAAUGGGCCGACCCAGAAGCAGACGAGCACAGUUUUACUCUCCUGCACAGUUUCUGGUACAUCACAGGAGCGCUGACCCUGCAAGGUGCCGGCCCUCACCCUAAAGCUCUGUCUGGGCGGGUUGUUGGCGCCAUCUGGUGGAUAUUUGCAGUGCUGCUGCUCGCCUGCUACUUUGUCAACUUCAACUCGGUGCUGCACAACAAGACCAGGCACACCUCCAUCACCAGCUUCGAGGAGCUGGCCAACCAGAACGUGAUCGACUACGGAACAGUGGAGAACGGCUCCACCAUGCUCUUCUUCAAGAAUUCCAUCAACCCCGUCUACCGCCGCAUCCAUCAGCACAUGGAGCGCAAAAAGAGCUACGUGUCCAGCAUGCAGGAGGGGGUUCGCCUGGCUCAGGAGGGACGCUUCGCCUUCAUCGGGGAAGCUGUGUCCCUGGACUUGGCCGUGGCUCGGUACUGUAAGAUAACCCGGGCCCAAGAGGUCAUCUCCAUGAGGUCAUACAGCAUCGCUGCGCCUCGGGGUUCUCCGCUGGUGAAGAACUUGACCAUCGCCAUCCUCCAGCUCAGUGAGUCGGGGGAGCUAACACACCUGCGGGAGAAGUGGUGGGCCAGCAGCUGCCUGGGCUCUGAUGAGACGCACGCGUCGGAUGCGCUGAAGCCCUACGACCUGCGCGGCCUCUUCCUGCUGCUUGGACUGGGCCUGGGCGUGGGGCUGCUGCUGGCCGUUCUCGAGCUCCUGUCCAGGGCCCGCAGCCGAGCCAAAGAUGGCAAGAAAUCCUGCUGCUCGGUGCUGUCAUCUGAGCUUCACCAGCGUUUCGGGAGCGGAGGAGAGGGAGCAGAGCAGGAGAGCUCCGAUAAGAGCAAAGCAUGAAGCAAAUGUUCAUGCUGGCUGAAAUAAAAGCAUUGCAGACUGGAAGAAGCUGACUGUUCCUGUUAGCUCUGGUCCUCUGUAGUAACACUCAUACAUGUUUUUACUUAAUGUGUUUUGUAUUUUUGUAGGACACCCUGAGAUCAAUAUAAUGAGGCAACCUGAGGAAGACACUUGCUCUGAGUACUAAGCUCUCUGGGUUACUUUUUGUUUGUUUUUUUUAGUUUACACUUCAGUUCUUCUCUGCUAACACACCGAGGCUCAGUGUUUCAUAUUAACACUGUUGUUUUCCCUCUGACUGUUCAAAUAAACUUUCCAACAUUCCA